GUCUUUCUUUUUCCCAACGCAGUUGCGCCAAAACCACGCCCCGUUAUUCAGAGGGGCGUUAUACUACGCUCCCAUUGGCUAGCUAGCGUUGUCUCACUCACAGGCGAUCAGCGCAGAGACAGUGGCCUUCCAAGAGAGUAUUUCCGAGUGUCAAGAUGAAGAUAGCCGUGCUUGGAGCCACUGGACAGACGGGACAGUAUCUGGUGAACCAAGCUCUUCAGCAGGGACACUCUGUCACUGCCAUUGUCAGGAACCCAGGGAAAUUGACAGUGCAACAUGAGAAAUUAAAGGUGGUUGAGGGCAAUAUCUUCUCAGAAGACAGCCUAAAACCUCACUUCCAAGGACAAGAUGCAGUUAUAUCUUGCCUGGGGUUCCCUGCAUCCUUUCUCUCCGGAGUCACUGGAUACACCUUGUCUAUGAGGGCCGCAGUAAACGCCAUGAGAGAGGCCAAAGUGAACCGCAUUAUCACCAUGACUUCAUGGUACACUGACCCUAACUCUGGCACACAGUCAUCUUACCUCAUCCGCUUCCUACUGCUGCCAAUGAUCCGAAGUGUCCUUAGCAAUAUGUUUGAGAUGGAGCACUUUCUGAAGAAGACACAGGAUGUUAACUGGACAAUUGUCAGGCCGCCGGGUCUCAAGAAUUUACCUGCCACAGAUGUCAGAGCUGAGGGUCUCUGCUUCACAGCGCAGUAUUGGUUUUGACUGACAGCAGUUCUGAACUUGAGCACCAUGCGCGGCAGAAGUUGCCCUCAUCCCUUUUGCAAAUGUUUUGUUUUCUGAGUGAAGGAAAAUAAAUAAAGAGGACUCAAUGUAUUUUUGAAAAAUGAGACUGAAGAUUAUAAUAAAUACCGCUUUGAUCUCAUAAAAGCAAGCCAAUGUGUCAACGUUUAUGAGCACUAUGCUUGAUGUACAGUUACAAGAUGACAUGGCGUCUUACCCUGAAUUGUUCUGAACAGAAUGAGCCUAUUUUUGUUGUAUUGUGAAGAAAUUUGGCAGGGAACACGCAUCUGAAUGCAGUUGUGAUUCUAUCCUAUUCGGACCAAAAUUACCGUCUGCUUCUCUGAAUUGCCUCGUGAAAGCUCGUAUUUUGUAACUUAGCUAGCCGCGUCGGCAAUAGAACACACUUUCAAAUGAUGCCCACCUGACUCAGAUUGCGAUUUAUAAUGGACCGUUUCUGGAAUGCGUAAACAACAAGAGUAAUUGUGUGAUGGCGGGGAUGCAGAGCUCUGUUCCAAACAAAACAAUUACAAGUGUGCUUGCUCUAGUUCCUCAACAGCACAGCUAUGGGUGUUCAAAAUAGCACCUUAUUGUUGAAGACUCUUUGAGUCAUAAAAGUAUAUUGAAAUUACAUAGGAACUCUGCACACUAUAGAGAGGUGUGUGGCCACUUGGAAACACCAGUUAGACCUCUCACUCAAACCCUUGUCAUUGUUUAGUCUUAUGUUGCACCUACCCCAAAUUACCAUGAAUAUUCUUAUGUUACUGAAUGUAUCCAGAGUAUUUUCAGAUUUGGUUGAUCAACAAAUGCGGCACCAAGUACAGUAAAUGUAAAGUGCACAUAAAAUCAGAAGCGUAAUGUUUGGACUCGAUGUUAGACAGCUCGAUGUCAGACAGCUAAUCUGUUUUGUGUCAGAUUAGCUGUUUUGUCCUCAUUUUAGGCUAAUGAUUUUCCCAUAAUCUCCAAACUUUUCCCUUUGAUUGCUACCAUGGUUAUGUAUAAGCUUUCCAUAUUUCUUCUGUAAGAAACAUUUCAAUUUUGAUCUAUCCAUAUAGGCCAAUUCCUACGAGUGUAAGGGUUUAAUUUAGGGUCAUAGUUCUGCUACUACCACAAGUCCCUGCACUUUUCUCAGAAGACUUAGUGAAAUGGACCAAUCAAAAUGAUGAUGGGAACAAAUGGAUCUCUAUUUACUUU